AUGGGAGUGGUGACUGCUCCGCCCGCCUGGGAUACUCAGUUGCUGCACAUAGAAGAGGUGCACAGCUGCCCAGAUGCCUGUAGCAAGUGUUCAGGCCCAGAAAACGACCAGUGUGAGGAAUGCAGAGCGGGAUGGACACUCCAUACUAACACCUGCGUAGAUGUUGAUGAGUGUGGCUCCGAGCUGGGAAUCUGUCCUACCAACACCUACUGUUUCAAUACAGAUGGAUCCUUUGCGUGCCGAGACUGUUCCCCGGCAUGUGGGGGCUGUAUGGGCAGCGGAGCAGCGCGCUGCAGGAGAUGUGCCUCUGGCUACACGUUGACCGGCUCCAAGUGUGUGGAUGUAGAUGAAUGUAGUGACCGGAUACUUGCCUGUCGCGGUCUGGACGAGAUUUGCACCAACACGGAAGGUUCUUUCCGCUGUGACUGUGCCGAGGGAUUCGUCCGUAGGGACGCUGUCUGUGUGAAGAAGCAGCAUCCUGGCGUUCAGGAGAAAGGUCUUUUUGAGGACAUCCAGGACGACGAGGUGGAGGUGCUGCAGCAGAUGCUCUUCGGGGUGGUGCUUUGCGCUCUGGCCACGCUGGCUGCUAAGGGAGAUUUGGUCUACACGUCUGUAUUCAUGGGAGCGGUGGCAGCCAUGGCAGGGUACUGGCUUUCUGACAGGGGAGACCGUUUACUAGGCAGCCUCUUAAAGGGACGUUAAAGCUACAAAGUGUUUUGCAGAGGACUUAAAACUUUUCAUGUGCGAUUAGGUGAGGCCAUUUUUCUGUACUGAGUUGAAAACGAGCCUGAAACGGGCCAUGCGUUGUUUUCAAUUUUGUUUUGGUAUUUAUAGACGCUAAUGAACAAUGUUGUCACAGCUUGUGAAAUACAGCUUGUUUGUAUUUGUGUGCACAAACAACGUAUUUGAUUUUCUUCAUUUAUUGCAUCACUGUCACUGUAUUUGCGUUUUUUUUUUUUUAUUACAAAAUUGAAACUUUUAUAACAUCAAUGCAAUAUUUGACGCACUGGUGUGCUCCAUUCCACAGUGACACAUUAUACACUGUUUAAUGUAAUUUAGUUUAAUACCAUGAUUGUAUUUUGUAUUUAAAAAUAUUAGAAUUGACAUAUACGGUUUGACUGAUUAUAAGAGUCAAAUCACAAACAAAGACAGAAAGAAAGUCACCUUUAUUUGAUGGAUAUAAACAAGCUGGCCAACACUCAAUAGUAAUAUUCUGAUACAGCACAUACAAUAGCAAACUGGGUCUUCGAGGACAGCCUCCUAGAUUUAAAAAACAUAAAACAUCACAGAGUAUCCAUGCUUCAUUCAAAACUUUGACUCAAUCUCACUUCUUUGUUUUUUGAUCUAGGUACUUCCUCUGUUAGUUCUUUUAAAUCGAUUUUUCUCUUACGCAUCCAUAACACACACACAUAUGCGCGCGCACACACACACACACACACCCACACCCACAAAUUGGCACAUCCAUAAACGCAGCUAUGCACACCUCUCUCUUUUCUGAAUACAUUUACACAAGCAACCCCAAAAACAUGCCGCACACUCACAAAAACUGCACAGGCUGUCUACUAAGGGGACACAGUGAGCGAGACACGCGUCACACUCAAACACAACAUCACGCCGUCACAAAGCACGAUGCAGAUGCAAGUAAUGAAUGAUGCUUCAUGGGAGAUUAGCUCACGUUCACACGGGUAAUCAUUCAGCAUGCUGGACACUCACAUUUAACUUGUUCCUAGGUCUUUACUGUACAGCUCAAAACAUUUACAUAUACAAAUAGUACAGACUCAAACUGGCCUAUUCGGUGAAUUGAAACAAUACAAAAAAUAAUACAAAAGUAAACAAUAUUUGUUCUUUCAAAGCAAAAAUGUUUCUGGCAUUGGUCACAGUGAUUUGUUUGAUCCAGGUUCGGCAAGGUUCAGCAACAUAAGAAAAGAAACAACAAUAAAGUGGAAAUUUGUGUUAGGCUUUCCAUGCUUUUUUAUUCUCAAAGGCCUUUGACAAU